GGAUGCGGAAGGCCCCUUCCGCGCGCAAGCGCACAAAGGCGGCGCCUCGGGAAGGCGGAUAAGGGCGAGUCGGAGGGGGUGGGGUGGGCGCAUGCGCAGAAGACGUGGCAGUCUGCGUAGCAGGGACGGAGGAGCUGGGUCGGUCGGGCCAGAGGCCUCCGGUUGUCGGGAUGGACGAGGAUAUUUUGACCACGCUGAAGAUCCUCAUCAUCGGAGAGAGCGGCGUCGGCAAGUCUAGGUGAGGCUCCUGCCGGCUAGGCCUCGGCUGCGGCCUCGCCUUUCCUCCCCUGCCCCACCCCGAGUAGGCCUUGCCGGGCAGACGCCCCCCCAGCAGCCCCCCUCAGGCCUGAGGGCGCUUCUGCCCCCCUUGUCGCCGGGGAGGGGCAGGGGGCCAAGACCCCCCUCCCACUGCAAUUGCCCCCCCUUGCUUAUUAGAGCCUGUUGCCUAUGGACUUGGAUAGGGUUUACUCCUGAGGAAGCCUUGGCCGGAUUCAGGCCUUUACUCCUGAGGAGGAGGGAGGGGCGGGUGGCGGGGCUCCAGCUGGACUGGACGCCACGCCCCCUGCCUUGGGCAUUCGUCCCUGGGGGCGCCCCCUCCCUUGGCUGCGGCCAAAGCUCCCCCUCUGGCUUGUUGUCUCCGCAGAUCAGGGCGACGCCUUCGGCAUAUGCACAGAGGCUCGGUUUCCUCCACACGCCGGCCUGUUGCUUGGUUAUUGGAGCCUUUUGCUUCUGCAAACAUCAUCCCGGGGCUCAGCCCCUUAACCUCGCAGCCAUUGCAUCUGGUUCUCGGGCAAACAGGAGAAGGUUCCUUCGCCCCUUCUCUGAACUUUGCCUUUGCAACGUGUCUGGGGAGAGUAGGGCUUGCUUGCUUGCUUGGCUUGCUAGGUGAGGAGCCAACGGGUAGGAUCACACGCCGAAGUAAGAGUUGGUAACCUGGGCUUAUAUUGGAGAAAUCAGGAUUCAAAUGGUCUUUUUCCUCUCUCGUUAAAAUAUAGCCCUACCCGGUGCUGUUUGGCCUUGCUGUGAAAUGUAGCUCGUUUAUAAAACAGUAACUCAAAAUGGCACAAAAAUGAUAAGUAGAUGCCACUCUUAAAAUAAACAAACUGCAGUGUUAGGCAACAAAUGCCUGAGGGAAUAUAACCAGGACUUGACCUGGUUCUGGAAUCAGUUUAGAGUUGGUGCAAGGCAUGCCUCUUGGAAGGUGAAAGGGCGUUUCACCAUGGAGCAUAGGGCCCUUCCCAUGUUUCCACAUAAUGCACAGCAACUGAAAUUGGGACAGCAGAUGUUUUUGGAGAACAAACUAAAGUCUGUCAAGCAGGCGCACCUCGUGAGUCCCACUUUUAGAGAGAUACUCCAAUUACCUAGAUAUGAAGUCGUUUAAGGAUCUGCAUUCCCUCCCUAGUGGUGUUUGCUGUCAUAAAUAAAUAUUCUAGCCCCUUGUUCUAAAGGGCCUCCUUUGUCUAUCUGUGUCUUGCUGAGCUUCUGUUCAUAUCUGGGCUCCUUCUCAUUUCUCAAUCACAAUAACCUUUGCCUUGUCUACAGUGUCUCUCUCACAAUUACCAGCUAGAUUCCACAUAAUCCCUGUCCUACUAUUGCUGGGUUGUGAAGUACAGCCCAUUGUGCUUUGUCUGUGUCAUAAAUUGAUCAUCAAUUUAUUCAUCAUGUGAACUCUUAAACUAUUUGGACAUCCUUUAGGAUACAAAGGAAAGUAUGCAGAAGAAACAGCCUAUAUUGAAAGACUAAUUCAUGACCUUAAAACCACUUACAUAACUUUUUCACAUAUAUCAUGUCUGUAUAAAUGGCAGACAUUUGUUUCUACCCAACGGUGUGGUGUUUGACUCCAUGGCAGCACCAUCAAUAAUGCUUCAUGUUAUUUGAAGCCAGUGUUCUUGCAUAUUUAGUAUAUACCAGUAUAUUUAGUAACCAAGUAUGCUAUUUCGAGUUCACAAAAUUGAAGAGGCUAACAAAUUUGUGGAGGAUGUGUGUAUAAAGUGCAGAGUCAGUGGCCCACCCCCUUGUACAUGACUCUGUAAGAUGUUGCAAGGACUCAGUGCUGGCAGCCAAGACUUUAGAUUUCUUCUGGAUUAGGUCAUCUCCAAGUAUGUGACCUCAGAAAGCUUCACUUUAUUACAGCAGGCUGCUUACCUGUAAUCCACUGUAUGGAGAGCUAUCAACUUGUUUUUUGGUUCCAAACUAACAAUUAAGCCUCUGGAAUUCUUGCACUUUGGAAAGUAGUUUGAUACUGUGUUAGCUAUACAGUUGAGAUGCUUUCACAGACCUUUGGUUUCCAGUAGGACUGCAGAUGAAGGACUGGCAGGGGAGGAGGAGAGGGAAGAGUGGUGCAUUUUUAUGCGCACAGUCCAGUGUCAUAUACAUGCUUUUGAGUGAACUGUUUUUGGUGAGAGAACUUGAUACUCUAGUUAUUUAGAAAGAGUGAUACCUUCCAGAGACCUGAAUUCUGCUACUGUUGGACCCUGGACAUUUUCCAUCAGCAGUGUAAAAGAGUUUCAUAUUUCAGUAGGUGGGAUAGACUUUAGCAGACUUGUAGGUGUAACCUUGUCACCAGUGUUCAAAACUCCUAUUGUUCUAGGUGCAUCUUGUGACAGGGAAUUUCAUUGGUUGCAGCAGUUUCUGAGCUCUGGGUGCAGUACUGCGCCAAAGAUUUCAGAUUAAAAUUGCAAAGUGGAAGGAAAGGAGGACCCUUUUCUGCCUUCCCACUUCCAGCUACUUUCUAAAUACUGGAGAAGAGACCCUCUUAAGAAUUUUAGGGGGGUGGGCAGGGGAAGGACUAGACCAUAUGAAAAAUGAACAUACUUAAACUGCAGUUCAUUCAUUUUCAGCUUUGUAUUCUUGUUAUUGAAAAGUGAUAUUCCGUUGUUGCACCCAUAACAUAGGUUUAAGGUGCCAUUUAGCGCCUAGCUUUCAUUGUUUCUAACACUGCUUGUCACUUAUUUAGCAUAUUUUGUGUGCUGUGCUGUGCUGUGUGUGUAAACGCAUACAAUAUAGUAAUCCUUACAGCAGAACCAAGACCACAUGGUGAACCUUUGGUCCUCCAGCCACCAUGACUAGGGAUGAUGGGAGUUGCAGUUCAACAACAUCUUGAAAGCCAGAGGUUCCCUAGCCCUAGAAGAGUGAUUUGUCGUUCAGUUUUAAAACAGAGCCUUUCUUUGCAGCUAACUUCUAACCACUCAGUAUUACACAGCACAUUCACAAGUCCAGUGGGUAUCUCCUGAUGUUGCUAUCUCAACAUUUUAACAUUCUUCUACUGCUGAGCAGUAUCAGCAGUGUAGAUUUUCUUUUUGGAAUAUGGCAGCCCUAACAUACCCUAGGCGUGAGUUCAAGAAGUCUAGAAUGGAACUCUGUGGCACUGUCUUGGCCAGUCUUUCUCAAUAGAGCUGCAAGUUUGCUUGCACAAGAGUUAAUUGAUGUUGAAAGAGGAUAACCUUAUUUUCUGGGGGAGGGAGAGUUGACUGUCCUAAAAAAAAUUGAAAUCUGGUAGGGGAGAGGGUGAAUGUUCUGUUACAAUCAUGUUACUUGGCAACGCAAAUCUGAGAUCUGUUACAAAUGUCUCUGGUUGGAUAGUUAUAUCUCUGAAAUAUAAUUAUUGCAAUGCUCAUUUUCUCCUCCUUUCUCCAUCAAAUGCCCUUCUCCUUUGUGCAGCCUUCUGUUACGGUUUACUGAUGAUACAUUUGAUCCAGAACUUGCAGCAACAAUUGGUAAGUUUGUGAUGCCUCUGUUAUUUAGAUCAAAUUCAGACUAUCUGAUAGUAAUGCUGUUAAAAGUGGAGACACUGCAAUGGAGAAAGUUGAUCCCUAAUAAGGAAAAGCCGCAGCACUGGCACAAAAAUCAGGCGAGAUUUGCUGUAAGAAAUUUGCUUAAAUUGGAAGUUUAGACACCUCUCACCCCCACCAUGCCCCCAUUGUAAAAGGGAAACAUAAGGGAGCUGACAGUGUAGUUUACUCACCUUUUUGUCAGCAUUGCAGCUAUGUCUGAAUUUGUUGACAGGUUAGAUUCUGACAAGUCAGAUUCUGCAUAUGCAGAACAAAAUUACUGCUAGUAAUUUGAAAACUGCAAGGAUCAAAUAUAUUCAUCAAAUAUUAUAAAUUGGCUGAACCUGUGAAACACUUCAUAGUUAAGUCUGAUUUUGACAUAAGCCCUGUACAAGUGAGUGAUGGUAGGAAUUUGAAGUAUGUCAAGUGGAGACACUACUUGGUUUGGAAGCCCACAAAUAGUAAAGGCACAUGCUUUGCUAUCUGCAACUUGUCUUAAAAACUUUUCAGGAGGAAUUGAACUUCUUAAUCCUCCUCCUUGUCAAAAUUGAUACUGUCCUUCAAGCAUUUAGCAUUUUAAAGUGGGCAUUUCUACAGAAACAAUGUCUCUAUUUUUUCUGUUCAUGUAUUCUGCAUACGUUGCUAAGACUGUACAAAGAUCAUGGCUAUAUUUAGCAUUUUGGUUUGUUUGGGAGAAGAUGUUAAUAGCUUUGAAUUGUGAGGCCUGCAUAGUUCAGCAGUGAUGAGGUCAAAUAGAUCAAAGGAUAAAGCAUGGAACUAUAGCAUUUGAAAUUUACAAGGCGGGGCUGUUGGAGAGGAUUCUGUAAGGGAGAAAUAUGACGCUGGUGGAAUUUGUCAUGAUCAGCAGGAGUUGCCACAGCUGCCACAUAAGAUUUUGAUGAGAAAUAGCAGAUUCAAAUUUAAUGAAAAUCACAUGUAAACAAGUAGAGAGCUUACAUUUGUCUACAGGGGACUUUUUUUACUCCAGAAGUGAACCUCUUUGUGAAAAAGAGCUCUUGAGUACAUAAAUUUGGUUGCAGAGCAGGCACAAACCUUCCCCAUUCAUUCUGGAUGUUUGCCUUGACUGCAAGACAAUAUAACCAUAUAACACUGGUUCUAAGGGAUCUACAUUGACUCCCAGAGCACAGUUCAAAGUGUUGGUGCUGACCUUUAAAUCCCUAAAUGACCUUGGCCCUGUAUACCUGAAAGAGCAUCUCCAUCCCCAUUGUUCAGCCCAGACACUGAGAUCCAGCCCUGAAGGCCUUCUGGCGGUUCCCUCAUUGUGAGAAGUGAGGUUACAGGGAACCAGACAGAGGGCCCUCUCAGUAGUGGCACUUGCCCUGUAGAGCAUCCUCCCAUCAGAUGUCAAGGAGAUAAAUAACUCUACAACUUUUAGAAGACAGCUGAAGACAGGGAAGUUUUUAAUAUUUGUGGUUUUAUUUUUUUAUCUAUUGGAAGCCUUCCAGAGUGGCUGAGGCAAACUAGUCAGAUGGGCGGAGUACAAAUAAUAAAAUUAUUACCACCAGCAGCACAAUUAUCAUUAUUUGAUGCUGCUGAAGCUGAUUGUCCCUUCCUUGAGUUGAGUGAUGGCAUUAUGGACCCUCUUACAUUUCUAUCUCAAAACAAAUAGCAAAAUGAACAGAGGUAUAUCUAUCAUUCUUUUGCUGCCUCUGUUUUGUGAAUGACUUCUGCCAGCCAAGCAAUGCAGAGAUGGGUUGUUUAUUAUGGAAGUCACCAUAGAUAAAUUUCUGGGCAACUAAUUACAGCAUUUGUUACACAAAGGUUAUUUCGGUAUUGGAACCAGUUUUAUAUGAUGUAGGGUUCAUGAAAAUGUACACUUGCUUUCUUGACUGUGUUGCAUGUGGCAAAUUAUACGUGAGAUUCAGUUUUCCUAUGUGAAAUUGAUGUUUAUGUAGAAGUUAUGACCUUGGGUAAAAUGGGUUGCUUGGUUCUCUGCAGUAGUUUGCCUUCAACAUUUAAUGUUCUUUGUGUUGGUUUGCUUUUGAGCUGUAUUUAAUAGCAAAACUUAGAGCUAAUUAAAACUUUCUGCUUUUUUCACCUCUAUCUUGCCACAUGUUGCAAUCUUGCAGUUCAUCUGAAAGCAUAACAAGUCAUAAACACACGGAAUAUUUGUCUAUCUCCAAAUUAUUGUGCAAGAAUAUUAGGUGCAGAUAGAAUAAUGAUUCAGAAAGAGCCAGAAUUAGUAUGAUUCCUAUCAUCCCUGAAUAUUAGCCAUCCUGGCUGGGGCUGAUGAGAGUUGUAGCCCACAAUAUCUGGUAUGUUUUCUGUUUUAACUUCUGUCCUUUUCUGGAGAGAGCAUUAAGUAUUCUUCUCUUGUAGGUGUUGACUUCAAAGUGAAAACAAUAUCUGUUGAUGGAAACAAGGCUAAACUAGCAAUCUGGGUAAGUCCUAACAACGCAUGUGAACCUUGCAUUAUUGAAUGAUGUAUGGAUUGACUGAUUAAUUGAUGUUACUCAUAUGUUGAUUUUCCACAAUGGGCCAUUGCCAAUGUAGCUUACAGCAAAACAAUUUUGAUACCUGAAGACUUUUUCCAGUGUUAUCAAAGCCAGUCCUGGCAAGCAACAGUGUACCUUUUGUGCUGAGCAACUGGUCAGUAGGCUACAGUUCAAUAAAACAUUGCUGUGGUGAAAGUGAAUCUGCAUAUUGAAAACUUCUGCAGGGUUCAGGUACUUCAGCAAGUAAGUUCCCCACAGGGUAGGGCUGGGCGAUUUAGUGAUACAUCGUACAAAAUAGGUUUGAAGUGCACAUUGUAGUAACGGUUUCAUAAUAUUUGACAUGGCAAAUCACAAUGUGUCCAUGUGCUAUGUAACAAAAUGUGAUGUGGGAAAAACCAUGAAGCCGGUCAUCGCUUCUCUCAUGAUUCCUGCUACCCCUGUUGCUCUGUACUAUAAAAUAAGAGUUGUAACAAUAUGCUAAAGGUAAGUGAAAAUGUAUCAGUUUUAGAAGCCUUAGUAGUUGCAGUUGCCAAGACAAUUGCCCCAUCGCCUCCUAAUAGUUACAUCCUUAUUUCAGACAUUGUGGUAUAUCGGGAUAUCACAAUGUUUUCCUGGUGAUAUAUCACAAUGUUGAAAACAGACCAAUCAGCCCUGCCAUGGGGGGAACUAGCUCACAUGCACAAAUCAAGCGGCUUUGAACUCCCCGUCAAUCAGCUGAUGCAUGGGAAGUUCAAACCUACUUAACAGCUGCAGGACCAAGGUACAUCUCAACCCAACUCAAAUUCUAAGAAAUGUAUAUGCAAUAAAAUAAUUAUCAGUACAUAAUCAACAUUUAUUAAUCAGUUAUUUAUUAAUCAUUUCAAUCAUUGUGACUCUUAGAAGUAAAAUAAGGAAGUUAAAAGUAGUGAAACAAUACUAUUCUUUUUAUCUUCUCUAAUGAGAUGAUUGGGCUUUUGAAUAUUGGGCUGUAAGUGAGCCUUAAGUCACAGCAUUGUUUGACAUUCAGCCUGUUUAUUUGUUCAGAAGAGGACAAACAUGGCUGAACCCAGCUUUAGCCAUGCAUGAUGUUGGAAAUACCAGCAACAGAGGUUCCUUAUUGGCAAGGGAAGUACACAGUGUACAUGCUCUUGCCCUUUGUUCCUGAGGUUCAUAGUUCCUAUUAAAAAAAAUUUUUGUACUGUGCCUCAUAAAAUUCUUUUCUACCUCAGGCCCUUUUUAACCUCCUUUCAAUCCUUUAGUAUUUAUUUGCCCUCUGCACAGUUCUACUGCCCUCAGGAGGAUCAAUAUUGACCACCUUGGGAAACCCUGCUAUAGAAGAAGAAAUGGCUAGAUAAGGUCUAUAGCACAUGGAAGGAGGAACUUUGUGCAUAUUUGUUUGUAAUGGGCAAAUAGAAUUGUAUGUCUAUUGCCAUAGGCUUUCACAUAGUAAAGACCUGCUGUACUCUGCACAUGACACUUUUGUAGAAUCCAGGAACUGUAUCCUGUUAAGCUUUGGCGUGAAAAGGUUUGCAAUCUUGAAGAUGCAAAUCAGAAAGUUCUUUCUAGGUGAAAAUACAAAAUAAUCAGGAUGCAUGCUGCCUGUUGUGGGAUUUGCAGGAAAAAUCUGUUUAACUAUGUCAAAUCAGUUCUCAAAAUUGUCUGAAUUUUUUAGGACACUGCAGGUCAGGAACGGUUCAGAACGUUAACACCCAGCUAUUACAGAGGAGCACAGGGUGUUAUAUUAGGUAAGCAUGCAGCUGGUUACUGCUUAUCUGUACAUUUUCUGGUAUAGGGCAUGAUACUGAAACUCUUGGCCUCACUGUAAUUUUACCAUUACACAGGCAAAUGGGUGGCAAAUUAGAAAUAAGAACUGUGGGAAUUGCUGGAGGGUGGAGUUCUGUAGGUAGCUCUUGCUGUUUCUCUUCCUUCCCUGUCUGCAGGCUUUAUUUUACUGGGUGAAGAAGCUGCAGGUGGUUUUUUUUCCAGAUUGAGUGCAGGGUGAUGUUUUUCUCCAGCCACUGUGCUCCAGUUCCCCUCCCCAGCUGCUUUUCUCCCAAGGGACAAGAUACAGGCUCUGGAAUUUCUCCCUGUGUGUGCUCGCAUGUAAAGCAAGUGUGGAAGGAAUUUUGAGCCGGCACAUGACUGACAGGCUCAGGGUUACACAUCCUCUAACUGCUAUCUGCUCAAUCUGAUGACACAGGCAUCUGCUUCACUUAAUAAGAGAGGGGAGAAAGGGAAGCUACAGUGCAUUUCUGGGCAGAGUUAGCUCUUUCAUAGAAAAUGAAGGAACAUUCCUCCAGGUAAACCUUGAGGUGCUUGCUUGGGAACCAUCUCCAACUUGCUGUAGUAGUACAUUUUAAUAGGUUCCUCCAUCUUCGCUUCAUUAUCUACCCCAGGGGUGAGCAGACUUCAAGCAUUGUGUUUUAAUAGUACCCUGAGGAUCCACCAACUGGAGCCAGAUUCAAAAGAAGACAUGUCUAUAAUUAAACCAUUCUGAGCCCAUGAAGUUGUGUUGAAUACCAGAUCUGAUCUGAAUGGAGCUUGUACCCCAUCUACACAAAAUCCACUCCCCUCAAUCAACAUAAUUUAGAGGGGGAGGAAGUAAUUUUUUUGCCAAUAUACCUCAAAUCACAGAGAGAGCUUUUGUGCAUCCCUGAUCUACCAAAGGUUCACGAACUUACAGCUACCGAAAUCUUUUGUAAACAAUAUUGCAAUUGUGUUGGCUUUUCAAUGAGGAAUAAUGCAGUUAGGUUCUCAGUGAGAUAACUACCUGGAUUGGAGGCCGGAGCCAUCCAGUCAGACUUCUUUGUCUAAAUACAUCACCUGGGCUGAGUCCCUUAUAAGAGAUUAAACAGUUGUCUAGUUGUCAGCAGCUACUUAGCUUUGAUCAGUCAACGGCUGGCAAUGCAGAGGAGUCUCAACCUUGCAAAAUGGACUUCUGGUUCUAUUGUUUAUUGUUAUUAAUAAAAAUAUUUGUAUACAACAAAUUGAUGUAAAAUGCCAAGUUGUUGUACAACAACAUAUACAAUAAAAUACUAUAAAACAAUAGAAAAUAAACAUUAAGAAGACUGGGUGGUAAUAAUAAUAAUGUUUGAAUAACUGCAUAGGCCUGUUGGCAUAAAAAGGUCUUCAGGUGACAGCUGAAAGUCAGUAGCAAGGAUUACAGUGGCUGAUUGCAGAAGAGGACUCAGAGGUAAUAAUAAGGGAAGAGCCACAGAUCAAUAAGUCAUUUACUGGUAUCAUGGCUCUGUCUAGUUUCUAAAGUUUGUUGUCAUAACUAAAUUCAAGGCUGGCCAUCUCAUUAGGCAAGCCCCUUCCCUGAGGUGGCAUGGGAUAGGUGGAGGAUUGGUCCCACCUGCAGAUCAGGCAUUUCCAGAGCCCUUUCUCGGUGCUAUGGUGUGGUAGGUGAGUGAGUUUUGCAGUGCUGCAACUAAUUUGGCAAGAGAAAGGGUUUCUAAAUUUGAAGGUGAAAUGUUUGUUUUGUUCUUAACCUUGAAAUACAUGCAUCACUGACUGCUAUUAAUUCUUGAUUUCAGUUUAUGAUGUCACAAGAAGAGACACUUUUGCUAAACUAGACAACUGGCUAACUGAACUAGAAACAUACUGCACAAGAAAUGAUAUAGUUAAAAUGUUAGUAGGAAACAAAAUCGAUAAGGUGAGUAGCCCUGAAAUACAUUUCCCCCCUGUGAUUCAUAAGCUUAUUUUUAUAAGUGUCUGACAGUUCUGCUUGUUGUAGGAAAACAGAGAAGUUGACAGAAAUGAGGGUCUCAAGUUUGCCCGAAAACAUUCCAUGUUGUUCAUAGGUAAGUCCUUAAAAAGGAAUGCAAAGUGUGGUGGAAUGUUCUGUUUAGCUGCAGUUGUUGUACGACAAGAUACAGUGGCUGGGGUUGUGGUGGUGCAUGUUUUGGAGGAUCAAGCUGUAUUUUACAACAGCAGGAUUAAUGUAAGCUAAGUAAAGUUGUGGAACUAAAUUUGCAAAGUAUAUGCCACUGUAUUGUUACUUUAUGUAGGCCAUGAAAUAUGACAGCUGUACAGCUGAUGUCACAUUGGUUCUUAUUUGGAUGCCAGGAUGACCAUCCACCAGGCUCUGUUGCUGUCCUUUUAUUUCAAUGAAUUGUGCAGAGGAAUCUCUCGUGGGUCCCAUUAAUGGGCAAAGGUGGUGAAAUGGUCGCAGUUGCCUUGAUUUAAAUACUGUUACAUUACCUUUGCCGGGACGCAGGUGGCGCUGUGGUCUAAACCACUGAGCCUAGGGCUUGCUGAUCAGAAGGUCGGCGGUACGAAUCCCCGCAAUGGGGUGAGCUCACGUUGCUCGGUCCCUGCUCCUGCCAACCUAGCAUUUCGAAAGCACGCCAGUGCAAGUAGAUAAAUAGGUACCGCUCCAGCGGGAAGGGAAGGUAAACGGUGUUUCUGUGCACUGCUCUGGUUCGCCAGAAGCGGCUUAGUCAUGCUGGCCACAUGACCCGGAAGCUGUAUGCCGGCUCUCUCGGCCAGUAAAGCGAGAUGAGCACCGCAACCCCAGAAUCGUCCACGACUGGACCUAACAGGGAUCCCUUUACCUUUUUACCUUUACAUUACCUUCUAGCUUGAUUUCAAGUCUCCCAUUUCAUGCACAGCCCUUUUUUGCUAAGAGAGGUAAAGAUAAAUCUGCUUCUCUUUCUGCAUCCCUCUUCCCCGAGGAUGCAGUUUCAAAGAGGAAGGUGCCAGAUGCUGCCAGUAGCUCCUGUGGGAGUUUCAGUGUGCUUUUCAGCAGAACUGGUAUUGCUGCUGUUGCCUCCUCCAGGCACUGACACCCUCCUUUCUUCUGACAUGACUUCAGUUAGCAAUCUGUCUCCCUGAGAAGGCCUGAGACCAUGUUUGUUCACUUACAGCUUGACAGUGUGUUCGUGUGUACCGUUUGAUGAAAUCUUCACAAAACACAAAUCUUGGGGAUGAGAAACUCAAAGAAUAUUCUUCUUUACUUGCUGUGAUGCAAAAUCCUUUUUCCAAACUAUCAGUUUCACUAAGCUAAGUCUUAAAGAAUUUUGCACCUACACUGGUGUGCAAAUGACAGAGCCAUGGUGCUGUCUGCUUAAUGGUGCACCCAUGGAAGAGGAGGUUGGGACAACACACAGUGACACAUGUCUAACAUUUCAUCUCUUCUCUCCCCCCCCCCCCCGCAGAGGCAAGUGCAAAAACAUGUGAUGGUGUACAGUGUGCCUUUGAGGAGCUUGUUGAGAAAAUCAUACAGACUCCAGGACUGUGGGAAAGUGAGAGCCAAAACAGAGGUGUAAAGUUGUCAAACAAUGAAGAGGGCUAUCGAGGCGGCUGCGGUGGCUACUGUUCUGUGUUAUAAACUCCAGAAGACUUAUUCUUUGGUGUAUUUAAAUGGAUAGUGGUGUCCUCUGUACAUAAACUUACAUCUGCUAUUUUAGGGACCUUGCGGUUUGCACAUAUUUGUGUAUCACGGCAGUGAACAUUUUUCUAGGAAAAUGUGCUCUGCAGCUUUUCCAGUUGAGAAGUGUUAUGGUUAGCAUGCCUAAUUUGAAACGUAUAGGUUCUUUUUAUAUGUAGCAUAAGAACUUGUUGCAGGAACAAAGACACUCAGAUUUCAUAAUUAUCAUGGAAUUACUUUGGGGAAAUAUUUCAAACACAUGUUGGCUUCAUUCUGUUUAACUCGGGUCUUUAUCUCAACUAUGGCACUGUUUGAGGCACACAAAUCUCAAAUGGUACAAGUCGAUACAUGUAAAAUUUGCACAAUUUUAUUGGCAAAGGCCUUUUCUUACCAGUUUAACAGCAUGGAUAUACAAUCCCUUUUUAGCUUUAAGCAACACUUUUUCUAGCUUGUAACUAAUCCCAGUUAAAAUCUGUGAUCUUGAAAGAGGUGCAAAUUACUUUUGGCAGGGGUUGGGUGAAAAGAGGAGAUUUUAAAUUUUUUCACUUCAGUGAAUACUAUGAUUGUCUAAUUGGAUUUUUUUUAUUUUAAUCCUGAAUGUGUGUGUGCGUGGCACUCUUGCACCAUGGCAUUUAUGAUGUAGUGUGCUAUGGACCUGCAGGAGAAUUUUUUUCCUUUAGGUUACAGGCUUAAUGGAGUCUCAUUGUGAAUCACUUUGCCAAGCUUUGAAUGCUUGUUUCUAAAUGUUAGCAAUGUAAUUUAAUUUCAGUAACUCAAAACUGUUGCUCAUAUGUAAUUUGAAUGGUCUGAACCAGAUGACUGCUCAACUUGUGGCUGUUGGUUCUGAAGCUUAAAUAAUGUUUAAAAGCUCUGUCUUCUGGGUGUGUAUGUGUAAGGCAUGUGCUAUUUCAUUGGAAUUUGCUGUAACAAACAGCCAAUGAAUUGCUCGUUUCAGAGAACUUGUAUAGACUAAUAAAUUUUUUUCACAGUAUUCACUUUUUUGUAACAUCUUCCUCAUGUACAGGUGAAUUUUGUAAGACACAAUUGAAGAUCUCUUGGACUAUUGAUCCUGUAAUAGACAACACUAAUGACUUAAAAUACUGUGGGGUACUGAUAUUUCGCAGUAUGAGCUACUGUGCAAUUUCCUGUAAAUAUAUACAGUAAACUGAAAUACCUUUAUAAUGUUGCUUUUUUGUACACUUAAGGGCUGCACACCAUCUGGUCUUUCACCAAGUAUAUGAGCUGUUGUCACUUUAAAUACAUUUUACUUAAACCUUUAAUUUCCACUUUUUACACUUGUUGGGAAACUAUUAGAAUUUUGAAGUUCUGUAGCCAAACAUUGUAAGUAAAGGUUCACACUUCUUAGGCUAAAUGAACAGUUUUCAGAUGUAUGCCGCCAUUUUAAUACAUGGCACAUUUGCUGAACUGCUUAUUGCCCAGUGUAAAGAUGGCAAAAUGCCUCUUGAAUAGAUGGGAGAGAAUCAUAUAUUAUUGCAGAGAGGUGUGUUCCUAACUACAGAAUAAAGAUUGAAAAGCAUCUGCCAUCUUUUUAUCAUAGGAUAUGUGCUUAAGUUUUGUGUGGUGUCUUGUUCUCUGUAUUCCUGUUCUUCAAUAACCAAAGGAACCUUUGCAUUUCACUUGGGAUGGAGGCUGAACUGAUUAACUGAACUGGUUGUUGUAUUUGCAAAGAUAAGAGGAGUGGUCAGUGCACAUCUUUUUUGGAGGCCAUGCUGUAACAACAAAAUUGCAAGCACCCAAAAGUGCCUCAUUUUGAAUUUCUUCUAGCUUUUCCCAAAGUCCAUCUUAAAAUUUAUCUUAUGCAGUCAUGAAUGGCUUGACCAAUAUGAGCAUACCAUUUUAUUUUGACAUUUUCCUUGGCUUAAUAAAGGCAUUGCCCUAAUGUGGAC